AUUUAGAUAUCGAGUCCACUCUGGGCACACUGACGACCGAUCUCCACUUCACUUCCGCGCUUCCUUGGCGAUAACAUGGCCGUUUUCUCCGUCCUGUUGGGCUGGACGGCCCCGGCCGUGGUGGUUCUAGUCGUUCUGCUUGUGAUCGCGUUUCUCUCCUACUGCGUGUACCUCAAAUACAUUCACAUGAAGUACGAUCACAUCCCCGGGCCGCCGAGAGACAAUUUUUUCCUCGGACAUUCACCGACGCUCCUGAGGGUCAUGAACGGUGGCGGAGUGAUCCACGAUAAGUUCAAAGAGUGGUCAGAGGUGUACGGGCCUGUUUACAGGAUCAAUAUUCUUCACUACAUUUCACUCGGUGUCACCUGUCAGGAAGCCACCAAGGAAAUCCUCAUGUCCCCCAAGUACCCCAAAGAUAAGAUUGUCUACAAGAAGCUCUUCAACCUGUUUGGUCAAAGGUUCUUUGGCAACGGCAUGUUAGUAGCACAGCACCAUGAGCAGUGGUAUAAACAGCGGCGGAUCAUGGACCCUGCGUUCAGCAGCUUGUAUCUGAGGGGUCUCAUGGGCACCUUCGAUGAGAGGGCAGAGAAACUGAUGAACAGCUUCACGGAUGCUGCUGACAGUAACACUGAGGCCAACAUGCUCGCCCUGUUCAACUGUGUUACUCUGGACGUUAUUGCUAAGAUUGGUUUCGGUGUGGACUUGGACCUGCUGCAUAACACUUCCCCCUUCCCUAAAGCCAUCGAGACAUGUCUAAAAGGGAUGAUUCACAAUCUCCGAGACGCCUUUUUUGAGUUUAAGCCAAAGAACAGAUCGUUCAUUAAAGACGUGAGGGAAGCGUGCAACCUGCUGCGCACAACCGGAGCUCGGUGGUUAAAUGAAAGAAAGAACGCGAUUAGAAGAGGCGAUGACAUCCCCAGGGACAUCCUCACACACAUCCUCAAAGCUGCUGGCCAAGAGGACAGCGCUACUAAAGAAGAGGAGGAGACCAUGUUGGAUAAUUUUAUAACGUUCUUCAUCGCUGGCCAAGAAACAACAGCUAAUCAACUCGCUUUUUGCGUCAUGGAGCUGGCAAGACAUCCGGACAUAUUGGAGAAGGUGAGGAGGGAGGUGGAUGAUGUCAUUGGGAUGAGACAGGACAUAAGCUAUGAGAACCUGGGGAACCUGACCUACCUCUCACAGGUGCUGAAGGAGACUCUGAGGAUCUAUCCGACAGCUCCAGGCACAUCGCGUGAUGUACUUGACGACAUGGUCAUAGACGGCGUCCACAUACCUGCAGGAUUCACCUGUAUGUUCAGUACCUAUGUGACUGGGAGAAUGGAGAAGUUCUUCAAGGACCCACUGAAAUUUGAUCCGGACAGAUUCCACCCAGAUGCCACUAAGCCUUAUUACUGCUACUACCCUUUUGCCCUCGGUCCGCGCUCGUGCCUCGGCCAGAACUUUGCUCAGAUGGAGGCUAAAGUGGUGAUGGCCAAGCUGAUCCAGCGGUUUGAUUUCACCCUCGCCCCUGGAGAGACCUUUGACAUACUGGACACUGGCACACUCCGACCAAAGAGCGGAGUGGUGUGCUCUAUCAGACACAGGAAUUUCAACGAGAAGAAUGAACACACUUUAACUUAGGAAGAAAACACAAUGAUCUCUGGGCAGAAAUUAGGUUGUUGGGUUGCUCAGGUAAUAGUUUUCUAACUUUAUAAUGCUGCCAGAUUAUUUUAUUACUUUCUGAAUGAUGAGAAGGUUUUAAUGAUCAUGAUUAUUGUUAUUUCCAAACAGUAAUGGGGAUAUGGGGAAACAAAUAGACAUAUCUAUCAGUGUUUUCUGUCUGCGGAUAUGAAAAACCUUUAUUUUACAAAAUAAAUAAUGCAGAUUAAACAAUGCAGAAAAGAAAAAAAAUUAUAAUAUAUAUAUAUAUACAUAUAUGUUCACGUUUUAUGUACAUUUUAUGCAAAAUUGUUUAUUAUCUUUAUCCAAAAAUAUCUAGCCUCGCUUAUUUGUCAUAAGGGUUUUAUAAUUAAAUCAAUAUACGACUAUCAGAAAUUUAAAAUCAAGGAUUUUAUCAAGGGCUUCAAAAAACCAUAUCGGUCUGGUUGUUUUUUGUAAAGGCUGUGUGGCCGACAGGCAGAGUGUAGGUGCUGUGGUCGUGUGUCAUAUGCUUGUCUGAUGGAAUGCAAAGCACAGUAAAUUCCUAAAGACUCACCUUUCAGAGCAGCGCUUACAAAGUGUGUACCAUUGUCACUGCUGAUUUCCAAUAGUAUUUUUUUAUGGUAUGUGGAUUAAAAAUGAUUUUGGAGAAACAUGAAA